GGUCUUUUCUUUCUUUAUAAUAGUGGCUGUAGUAAUUGUACCUGCUUCUGUGCUCUCUUCUUCAUUCUCUUUCCUUUUAGCUAGUUACUAUCCGUCCAAACUCCAAAUUUAACUCAUCGUUUUCUUCAUACUUCUGACCUGCUAGUGCUACUCUUCAACUUUCUCACUAUUCGUUUGUUCACACUUCUCAACAGUUUUAAAAAAGAAAGAAUGGGAACAACUCUCAGCACUCCCAAAACUGAAAAGUCUUCCGAUGAUGGUGAAAAUGAGCAUCUUAGAUAUGGUUUAUCAUCUAUGCAAGGCUGGCGUGCAACAAUGGAAGAUGCACAUGCUGCACAUCUUGAUCUGGAUGCAUCCACUUCCUUCUUUGGUGUUUAUGAUGGUCAUGGAGGUAAAGUGGUUGCAAAGUUUUGUGCUAAGUAUCUUCACCAGCAGGUGCUCAAGAAUGAAGCAUACAUAGCUGGAGAUAUAGGAACCUCUCUUCAGGAAUCAUUUUUCAGAAUGGACGAGAUGAUGCGUGGUCAAAGGGGGUGGAGGGAAUUAGCAGUUUUGGGUGAUAAGAUAAACAAGUUUAAUGGUAAGAUAGAAGGGUUGAUUUGGUCUCCACGAAGCAGAGAUAUUAAGGAGCAAGAUGAUGCUUGGGCUUUUGAGGAGGGUCCUCAUUCUAAUUUUGCUGGACCAACUUCAGGAAGCACUGCCUGUGUUGCAAUUAUUAGAAACAGCAAACUUUUUGUAGCUAAUGCCGGUGAUUCACGUUGUGUGAUAUGUAGGAAGGGUCAGGCGUAUGAUUUGUCUAUAGAUCAUAAACCUGAUAUUGAGAUUGAGAAGGAAAGAAUCAUAAAAGCUGGUGGGUUUAUUCAUGCCGGAAGAGUUAAUGGGAGUUUAAGCCUUGCAAGAGCAAUAGGUGACAUGGAAUUUAAGCAGAAUAGGUUCCUUUCUGCUGAAAAGCAAAUGGUGACAGCCAAUCCAGACAUCAAUACUGUUGAACUUUGUGAUGAAGAUGAAUUUAUAGUGCUGGCUUGUGAUGGCAUAUGGGAUUGCUUGUCAAGCCAACAAUUGGUAGAUUUUGUACGUCAACAACUGCUCUUGGAAAGUAAACUUUCUGCGGUUUGUGAAAGAGUACUAGAUCGAUGUUUGGCACCUACAAUAACUGUUGGUGAUGGAUGUGAUAACAUGACCAUGAUUUUGGUGCAAUUCAAAAAGCUGGCUCAAACAAGUGCACCAGCAUAAGAGCUAUUCUCUUCAAAUGAACAAGCUACAUCAGAAUUAAGACUAGAGAGCAGUGGAAGUUAGUAAAUUUUGAGCAGCAACACACUACACACAUGUAUUGUAUAGUGUGGACCACUGCUUUCUUCUGCUUAGAAUGAGUCUAGAUGGUCAUUUUCACUUCAAGUAACAUUUAUUUCCAAAUUUAUGUGUUUACUUUCACACCUAGAGUCUGUUUUCUUUGUUCAAUAAGCGGCUCCAAAUGUUAGUAUCUAUAGCUAUUAG